AUGGUGCAUGGCUCGCUCCAGAUCCUAGAGUUCACCAACUCGGAGGGUCAUGAGAGCGUGCGAUACCAGCUUGGCAACUGCAUCGGGCGCGGUCAGUUUGGAUCGGUGUACCGUUCACUGAACCUCUCAACGGGCCAGAUGGUCGCCAUCAAGAGAAUUCGUCUCUCGGGCGUGAAGGAGAAGGAGGUGCGCGACGUUAUGCGAGAGGUCGAAGUACUUCAGCGCCUUUCGCACCCCGGCAUUGUCAAGUACGAGGGCAUGUCGCGCGACGACCAGUUCCUCAACAUUGUGCUCGAGUUUGUGGAGAAUGGCUCCCUUGGCCAGACCCUCAAGGCUUUCGGCAAGUUCAACGAGCGCCUCGUUGCGUCGUACGUCGCCAAGAUCCUCGAGGGUCUACAUUAUCUACACUCGCAGGGCGUCGUGCACUGCGACCUCAAGGCGGCAAACAUCCUCUCGACGAAGAAUGGCAACAUCAAAUUGUCUGACUUUGGAGUGUCGCUUAACAUGCGCGCGGUGGAGAACUUUGCAGAACGUGCCAGCAUCGGGCGGACGGUUCUCAAGAACGAGAUUGCCGGUACACCGAACUGGAUGGCGCCUGAAGUUAUCAAGCUCUCGGGCGCAUCGCCCGCGUCGGACAUUUGGUCCCUGGGUUGCACAAUCAUCGAGCUCAUCACUGGCAAGCCACCGUACUCGGACGUGCCCAACAGUAUGACCGUGCUGUUCCGCAUCGUCGAGGACCCAAUGCCGCCGAUGCCUGAGACGUCCUCCGAAUUGCAGGAUUUCCUCAAGCUCUGCUUUGUCAAAGAGCCUGCGCUGCGACCAACAGCCGCGAUGCUGUUUGAGCACGAAUGGGUUCGC